GAAUUGAAGUUGGUCGCUUUGGAGCUUCUUGGAACUCAACGUCACAAAUGAAUGACAAUACACACUAGGAACACCUGUGGAGUGGUGAGGGUGUGCAAGAGAGGCGCGAGUGUAUGGGGUGUGUGUGCCCACCUGGCCUUAUGCUGCCCACCUUCGUGCCGUAUAGGAGAGAACACACAGGACUGGCAGUGUGGGUGGAGGAGCUCAUGAGGACGUCCAGCUAGAAGAGGCGCGAGUCCCCUUCCGAGUCGGGCAUGGCUGGCUUCCUGGAUAAUUUCCGAUGGCCAGAGAGCGAGUGUAUUGACUGGGGAGAGAAGAGAAAUGCCUUGGCAUCGGUGAUAGCUGGCAUCUUGUUCUUCACUGGCUGGUGGAUUAUGAUCGAUGCAGCAGUCGCCCACCCACACCCUGAGGAGCUCAACCAUGCCUUCCAUACCUGUGGGGUCUUCUCCACCAUCGCCUUUUUAAUGAUAAACGCCGUGUCCAACGGCCAGGUGAGAGGUGACAGCUACGGCGAAGGCUGCUUUGGUAGAACAGGGGCUCGCGUUUGGCUCUUCAUCGGCUUUAUGAUGAUGUUUGGCUCCCUGAUUGCGUCCAUAUGGAUUCUUUUUGGAGCGUACGUCGUCCCCAAGCACGAUGUCUACCCCGGACUCGCCGUCUUUUUCCAGAACGCGUUGAUAUUUUUCAGCACGCUGAUCUACAAGUUUGGACGGACUGAAGACCUGUGGGCCUGAUGCGACCGCUGAUGCCCCCGGAUCCCCCUUUGCCUCUGUACCCCGUUUCUAGAACGUUCCAGGACUCUGCCAUCUUGUCCCUUAGCUGAAUGACGCGUAGCGGCUUGCUUGACUAUAAACUGCAACGCAUGGCAUUUGGCAGCCCACCAGUGAGCCAGGCCCGAAUGAGCCCGCUGUACCCUGCCUUUUUGUUCUUUGGCGCCCCCCCCUGCCUCACUGUAAUGAUACAAAUGUCCCAUUGGGCGGGGGGGGCAGCAGAGGUGGGCAUUGUGUCACUUGACAGUAUGCCCAUAGUCCCAGAAGUAGCGCCAAGCACUGUGGGGGUCCAUACUGUGAAGACUGGCAUUGGCGUCACUUUCAGAGCUGUCUUCGAUUCACGUUGCGGACCACCUGAAGUGACACAAACACCUCGCUAGGUGAUCAACUCGGAGUGUGACGUGCGAGAUGUACGAGGUGUUUGAGUCCUGCACAUGCUGACCCAGCCAUUCAGACUUCUGGGCACAAAGAAGGUGGGCAUUGGGCGUCUGCUUGGGGCGAGCCUUGCUGUUUGCUGGCUGUAAGUUUUAUGCCAUUGAGUACAUUCCACCAUUUUUGGGUUUUGGCUUUGGCUGGGUGCAAUGUGCCCGUUCCUGUGCCAAGGCUGGACUGCGCUUCACACAGUGUGCCCCCUCGAGGCCGGCUGUCUGCUUGUGUUCACAAUUUUUUCGUCAUGUCCGCCAGGUCCAUCUUUGGGGCAGUGUGUCACCUGAAUGUCACUUUAACGGCUGGAGUCCCCUGUCCUGUCGUCAGUCCGCCUCGCGCUCUUUAGUUUGAUGUCACAAGAGCCCGUCUGGUGGCCUCGACUGUGCCUUCUUGAGUCGUUGGUGAGAAGCCAGCGUUGGGCACCUCACUCAGUGCGGAGACGGCUGUUUGACGUGAGGGACGUGUGCAGCGGGUAUCGGUCACCAGCUCCCUCCAGCGGGUGGGCACAGCCGGGUUCUCCUGUGUAAAUAUUCCAGCUUUGGCUGCGGUGAUUUUUAUAAAUUCUGUUUAUUGUACUGUGGCCAGUUGGCAUGUGCCAUGAUGUCACGUGUGGUGACGCCAGUGGGCUUCUCUGUAGUUGGAGCCCGUGUGAUGAGACCACCUGGCAGGCAGCACUGAGGGGCUUCUCGGUGGGCGUGGAGGGCCGGGCGUCUGUCAGCUGACAUGGAGGACAGGAGGUGGGCCGCCUUUAGGUCUGGUGGUGGGUUUUGAUCUAUGGUGGUCCUUGGCUCUUACACUGUCAAGUCUCCGAGGUGACCGUGGAGGUCGAGUGGUGGCUUUGUGUCGUCUUAUUUUUUUCUGCUCGUUUCCUGUACCCGCUGUGCCCGUCACGUUCACUUUAUUGUGUCUCUUGAAAUCCGCCAUGGCUGGAGAUGAAGACGGGCAGAGCAGCUGGUGGUGUGGCACUCACCUGUGACCCCUGCCUGCUUGUCACCCGCUCAGUCUGCCAAAUUAAAGACCCUUUAACAGAGA